AGCAUAGCUGUCUGUCGGGUUUUCACCCAUCACAUCUUCAUCAUAUAUCAGUGUUUUCCAUCUCACCUGACACUGUCAUCGCCUGUUUCUCCAUUCAGGACAAAUAUCUGAAUCUGCACCGUCUGUGUUUCAACAGCUGACAUGGACAGCAGCUCCACAACUUGUGCAUUUGACACACAGGGCCUGGGUGCUCUGACAUCGCAAUUCGGAUACAGUUCAACAUAUAAGCGGAAACGGACUGUGGAAGAUUUCAACAAGUUCUGCACUUUUGUGCUUGCAUAUGCUGGUUAUAUUCCUUAUCCACAGGAGGAGGCACACUUGAGGAACAGUUCUAGUCCACCCAACAGCACCGGCAGCACUGUGGACAGCGAUGGAUGGGAGAAUCAGAGACUGGGCUGUGGCCUCUCAUCUCCGGACGAGCCCCCACCCAAGAACCGCAAGAGCUUUGGUGGAUUCAAGAGACCUUCACGAGAGGAGUCUGAGCCACAGAAGCGUCCCAAGUCAGCUGGUCUUCUUCUAGAGGGUGGAAAGAAAGCUGACAAGGUGAAAAAGAAGAAGAAGCUGAGGAAGAGUAAGGAUGAAGAAUUUGGAUCCUUUUCCCAGUUUAUUCCUAGUGCUCAAGGGGAGAUCGGCAAUCUUGGAUGUACCAUCAAAGAGGAACCGGAAGAUUACGUCAACAUUCCCGUGCCAUCUAUUAGGAUGGGUACAGUGUGGCCUGCACAUGCUGGCACAUGUUCAACACCUGCUUCAGGCUCUCCGGGUCCUGUAAUGUGCAAAGAAGAACCUGAUUCCGGGCAUCCAUGCUGGGACAGUUCUAAAAGUUCUGGUUCAGAGUCUACAGUGGAGGGUAGGGAGAAACCAGCACUACCUGAUGGAGAAGCCAUGGUGUUGAAGGUAGAAGGUUUGCCUGGCAAAAGGACUGUGAUCCGCCAGGGAAAACAAGUGGUGUUCCGAGAUGAGGAUGGAUCGAGAGACGAUGAAGACAUCAUGGUUGAUUCAGAUGACGACUCCUGGGACCUAGUGACAUGUUUCUGCAUGAAGCCAUUUGCCGGGCGGGCGAUGAUUGAGUGCAACCAGUGUAACACCUGGAUCCACCUCUCGUGUGCCAAAAUCCGCAAGUCCAACGUCCCAGAGACAUAUAUCUGCCAGCGGUGCAAAGACUCUAAGUUUGACAUUCGACGCUCCAAUCGCUCCAGAGUGGGGUCUAGAAAACACCUUCUCGACUGAUGCCACUCCUCUCCAUUUGCCCCUCCCACAUGUACAGAGAUUCUUAAAGUAACUUGUUGUGUGAAAACAAGACGCAAUGACUACAGAAGAGGAAGGGCUGAGUGACCUACAUGCGGCAUAUUUUUCCGUUCCUGUUUUUAAUACUUCUAACCUUCCUAAAUGUUUGCGUAAGACAAUCAGUACUUGGAUGAUGCAUUAAAGACGGCAAAUUUCUGCCGUACAGACUGUCGACAACUGGAGUUUUACCGGUACAUGCCUGAAGGUAUUACGAUAGGUGGUGCUCUUGAAAGAAAGGAUUAGGGUAUCAGAACAAAGGGGUAGCUAGAGAAGCCACUUUGUACCUGCAGCUUUCAAAAGUAUGUCUAUUUGUUAGAGUAUGUAUAUUAUGUGAAAUAACCUUAAGAUAUCAGUGUUUGAGAUGUUUAGACUCAAUUCUUUGUGGAACUUUUCUGAAACCCCCAAAUGUGUAUGAGACAAAGAGUUCUAUAUGUUGGAUAAUGCUGAUCAAAGUCAGUGAUACUUUGGAGUGAAAUAUCAGAAAUGGUUGCAACAAAUGAAGGAUCACAUAAUGAGACUGCAUGUAUCAUUUCUGUUUCUGUGUUCAUAAAGCUCUGAUAAGUUGACAUUUCUGCCCUACUUUGAACAAAAAAAACCUUUGUUUGCAUGUUUAAAUUUUUGACUAAUCAAAAUAUUUUACAAUGCUGUAGAUUUUUUUUUUUUUUUUGUUUUUUUUUUUUUUUUUCUGUCAUCACAUUAUGUUUUUGAAAAUGUCAAAAUAGGCAAAAAUGAUGUUCUUUGAAUUGCCAAGUUAGCUGAUUAGAAGAUUGUUACAUGUCCAGGUCACGUUUCACAACAAAAUCAUAAGUAAAAAAUAUUUUGCUUGAAGAAAAUGAAAUCAAUAAUUUUUUUUUAAAUUUUCUGUUAUGGGGAUUCUCAUUACUGUAACAGUAAUUUAUAUAAAUCGCCAUAAAAGGCAAUAAAACACAUUUUAUCUUGUAUAAAAACUUUACAAUUAAAAUGUCGUAAUUUUCUAAAAUAUCCAGCAAUUACUAAUAAAAGGCUUCAUUUUCUUUAUGCUAUAUAUAUUAUUAUUCGCAAUAUUUAUAUAGAAU